AUGCGUGCAGGCACGUUUAAAGCGCCCGCCACAGGUCCUCAGCUCCAGCGGGAAGAGGUUGGGCGCUGGGCUCGGGUCUCGACGCCAGCCUGGAGGAUGCUGAGUCCCGCUGCCUCGCCCGACCCCGAGCCUCCGAGCGUCCCGGUCCCCGACAGCAUCGGCGAGGGCGCGAGCGUGUCUCCAGGACGCCAGGCGCGGCCCCCGGGGCCCUGCGUGCCGCCCGGGCUGGCGGAGGCGCUGAGCGCGCUGGGACUGGCGGGAGAGCGCGAGUACGCUGGGGACAUCUUCGCCGAAGUCAUGGUGUGCCACGCGCUGCCCCGGAGGGCCCUGCCCCGCGCUGUGACCCCGGAGAUGCGCGCGCUGGUGGUGGACUGGCUGAUCCAGGUGCACGAGUACCUGGGCCUGGCGGGGGACACGCUCUACCUGGCGGUGCACCUGCUCGAUUCCUACCUGCGCGCCGGCAGAGUGCGCCUCCAGCGCCUGCAGCUGCUGGGCGUGGCCUGCCUGUUCGUGGCCUGCAAAAUGGAGGAACGCGUGCUUCCCGAGUGUGCCUCCCUCUGCCUCCUGGGCGCUGGCUCCUUCUCGCGGGCCGAGCUCCUGCGCGCAGAGCGCCGCAUCCUGAGCCGCUUGGAUUUCCGGCUGCACCACCCCGGCCCGCUACUCUGCCUCGGGCUCCUCGCCGCGCUGGCCGGGAGCAGCCCCCAGGUGACGCUCUUUGCCACCUAUUUUCUGGAGCUGUCUCUGCUGGAGGCCGAGGCAGCGGGAUGGGAGCCGGGUCGGCGCGCAGCUGCGGCGCUGAGCCUGGCGCAUCGCUUGCUCGACGGGGCGGGCUCAGGCCUGGAGCCGGCGCUUUACAGGUAUGGCUCCAGGGACCUACAUUCCUGGUCAGUCUUUAUUUUUCUACUUAAAAAUAUUUUUUUUAAUGUUUAUUUUUGA